AUGGUUAGGGCCUUUAGAAAAAAUGCAAAAAAGGAUAUGGAGUUGGCAUAGGCAUAGACAUUGUAAUUGGCGUUGGCGAAUUUAAAUAGGAAGUAACUCCCCCAAACACAGAUAGAGGGUUAAGUUAAGAUAGUAAAAAACCAAACCUUUUUGAAGUAUUUGAUUGAGAUGGAAGAUAAAUUCUAUAUGAAUUUCAUCAAAAAAAAAGUGAAUCCAACAGAAUUGUCAAAUAAUGAUUUAGAAAAAUUUAUCUCAAUUAUUAUUGGAAAAAAUUUGAUGAUAAGCGUCUUUAGAGGAUAAGGUUUUGAGAAUAUUAGGAUAUAAUACUAAAUUAGCAUCUAGUAGUUAAGACUAUUCUCUCCGUUUAGGUGUAGAACAAUAAAUUUUACAUUAUCAAUCAUGAAUAGCAAAAAAAAAAAUAGCAACAGUCAAAAAUUUUUUGCACAUUUGGGGCGAAGCCAAGGGGCGUAGGCCCCCCUAUAUACCCCUGCUUUCUAUGUAAAAUAGAAUCAUUUUUCUACCUUCUUUCACCUCACCCACCCGCCCUCCUCAGCAGGGUAGCCAAACCCCCUAUGCCACUGGAGGUAAAAAGGAAGAAUAGAAAGAAAAUGA